GAUUUUUACUACAUUUUGACGUACUGUAUUAAACAACAGAAACCCAACAUUCCCCAACCCUAAGUCGUCAGCGCUCUUGAGAAGAAGAACGGGGCUUCGACGGCGACGGCGACGGCGACGGCGACGGUGAUAUUUGUUCGGGCAUUUACUUCAUAUUUUGAGGAUAGAAAAAUCAAAACAAAUGUUGAUAAAAGGUAGAAAAAUUGCUGGGAAGGGGGAGACAGUGGCAUCACAUUAUGCAUUUGGACAACUUGAAGACGAGAUAAUAAUUAAGCAUAGACUUCUGACUCGGACAACCACCACUAGAGGUGAACCGCCACUGAAGAAACUCCAAAAGAAGUUUACUACUUUUGCCUCGGAGAUAGAGAAGGAAGCUGAUAACUACGGAGAUUGUGAAAGACUUGCUAAAGCAUUCUUGCAAGAGCUAUAUACGUUUGAGAUUCCGCUCCUAAAGAGCAAAACAGUAAUAGAUGCGAAUGUUAGAGAAAAGGAGAAUUUCAACGACCUGAAAGGUGAAAUCAACGUGCAGAUUUUACAGGCUCAGGCUGAUAUAGAAGAUCUCAAGAGGCAACUUGAAGAAAGCAAGGUUGAAAGGAAGCAUAAAGAAGAGGGUGAGGUGAUCAGGAAGUUGAUUGCUUUGCAACCUCCAAGAUCAGAAACUCAGAAGGUUUUAACAGAGCUUGAGAAAGAGAUAGCUGCGUUGGAAGCAGAGAAUACUGCUAAUUCAAGGACAUUGGACCUUCGUAAAAAGCAGUUUGCUCUUUUAUUGCAUGUGGUUGAUGAGUUGCAGAACACAAUAGAGGAAGAGCAGAGGAGUUUGAUCGAAGAGAUGAGGAAUGUAGUUGAUGAUCAUAACAAGAGUGGAGUGGAGGAUGCUACUGUCGGUCCUGAAGCAAUGGCUGUGGAUUAGCUAGUGAAUCCCUACCUUUUGUGUGCUUGGUUUACUCUUACGUAAGAUGAGGACUGAGGGUCGUGAAUUCAUGGUGUUUAUAUGAUGUUUCUGAAAAUACUGUAAGACAUCAAUCUCACCUAAGUAUCUUAAUAAGAGAAAGAGAGUGUUGGUAUUCAGGUCCUGUAGUGCUGCUAGAUUUUGCCAGGUUCACGUCUUACUGCAACAUGUGUAGGAUUUUCAUCUCAGCAUUCAUAUGAAAUGCUAAGCUACUUAGGUUGCCUAGCAUUUGCUUCAUUAACAGUCUCUUAUAUUGUGCUUCCAGGUUAUAUUUGGAUUGUCCAGAAAGCUUAAUUUCCCUUAAGAUUGCUCAGGGUUGACAACUGCUAUGGGAGCUCAAUUUUGGGAUGUAUAACAUUAAGUGAAAUGGGUUUGGUCAUUGUUGUUUAGUAUUCUGUACAUUUUGUACACAUCUUGUACAAUAUCACAUUAUGGUUAGCUGCUGCUUUAUAUGUACAUUGUCUUCUUUGUAUCAGAUGCCAAGUUUGGAGA